UCUUCCGGGGCUGCGUCAGGAGAGCGCCCGGGGCGGCGUGCGGCGGCCUCUGCGGUAAGCGCCUCCCUGCUGGAGGCUGGCGGCGCCGAGGUGCCCAUGGCUGCCGCGCACCCAGCAAGGAAAUCUCCAGACUCGAUGUGCGUGAAGACGGGGAGAAGAAAACUUCUGGCUUUUGCCUGGCUGCAUCAGUUGCCUGCCUGGGUGCAACACACUCAAUACAGAAGCCAACAAACAGAAAUGAUAAGCUGGAAAUGUGCAAAACAUCUGCUCUAGAAAGAAAGGUUUCCUCAUUUUGGAUGAAUGUUCUCACAGGCUAAGAGAGUGAUUUUUGGGAAAAGAGAUUUUACCAUUUUUUGUCUUUUUAAGAGGCAGAAAGGACUCGUAGAACAAGCAUUUUGAAACUCAAGUUUAUAGACACUGACGGCCCUUGGGCUUUUAUAAUAAAUGUCCUCAUGCAAACUGCAUUAUAUAACUUUCUUUGAACUAACAGUGAGAUAAUUUCUUCUUGUCAUGGCACUCCUUUCUCAAGUUAGUCAACAGGGUUUUCAGGCCUUGCUGUGGAAAUGUCGUCUGUUCUGGCCUGUUUCAAGAUUCCAGCAACUGUUUGCAGUUUCUUUCAGCAUCCCCAACGGGGAAAAGAUUAACUAUUUCAGUUUUAUGACUUCUUCCAGCACUGCAUUACCAGUGAGUCCCAAAGGAACUGAUGUCGUUCCUACGAAGAAAAGGUCUGAAAUUGAUUAUGAGGAAGAAAAAGGAUGGGAUGAUGAGACUAAAGAAGUAUCUGAAGGGAAACUCCACUCUUCUUCCUCUGUUGGAGCUCCAAAGAAGCAGUUAAUGAGUCAAGUUCUGUCAAGGCAUAAGUUUAGCCGCAUACAGCCUCCAGAAAAACCCCUGAAGUCUGAGGAGUGGAACAGACUGAGGGAAAACUUUCAAUCACCUGAAGUAUUUGAAGAAGUCAUGCUUAACAGUAUGAUCAAAUCCAACAGCCCCAUUGAUGUGGCUAAGUCCUUGCUGACCCAGGUAGCACAGAGUAAUGGUGACAUUGCAUAUAAUUUGUUGGUCAAAUAUCUGGCAUUGUGUGUCCAGCAGGGGCAGACUGCAGAAAUUCAGGAAAUGUAUGAUAUAAUGAAAAUCAGAUUUAAGACUUUAGAAAGUGGGGCUUACAGCCUUCUUAUCAAGGGGCUGAGUAAUUCAGAUCAAUGGAAGAUGGCCUUGAGUCUUUUGGAAGAAGUAAAAAAGAUUAUGAUUCCCUCACGGACAAACUAUGAAUCCUGUAUCAAAGCAGCUGGUCGUCACCAAGAAAUGAGCCUUGCAUUUGAACUUUACCAUGACAUGUUGUCUAAGGAUUUGAUGCCAACCUUGGAUAUCCUGAAGGCCUUAUUUGACUUCAGCAGGGGUAUGAAAGAUGCUGAGUUACAAAAAGAGCUGUUUGGUAUCCUCUUACAUUUGAGAGAAAACCAGAUAUACCCUCACAAAACAUUUAUGCGGAGUAUAAAGCUAUGGUUUGAAAGUAUACCAGGAGGGAACUGGAGAGGACACUUGACCAACAUCAAAGACAGCGGACAGUGCCCAGUUUGCAGCCACCAGUUGGAGGACAGUGACCUCACUGAAGAGGAGUAUAAUAAUCUUAGAGAAAGAAUAAUAAAGGAUGUGAUACAUGGAACUGACACUUUUAGAAAGACAAGUCCACAGGAAUUCGAAGCCUUUCAAACGUUUGUGGAAAACAGGCUUCCAUUUGAUAUCGUUAUUGAUGGACUCAAUGUUUCCCACAUAAAACUCAAAAAGAUGCAGUGUGAAAAUCUAUUUGAUGCUGUCAACUACUUGGCAAAAGGGAAAACCCGAGUGCUUGUGCUGGGACGCAAACACAUGCUGUCCAACUCUUCAAAUUGGAGAAGAGAGAUUAUGAAGGAGAUGCAGAGUAAGGCAGACUUCUUCUUCGCUGAAAAUAUCUCUGAAGACGAUGCCUUCUUGUUAUACGCCACUCUUCAAUCAGGCAAACAUUGCAAGUUUGUUACUAGAGACUUCCUCCGGGAUCACAAGGCUUGUCUUACCGACAGCCUGACACGUCACCUCUUCCGUAAGUGGCAGCGUGGACACCAAAUCGUGUUUUCCCCUUCUGAAGGAGGAAAGCCUAUUAAAUUUUUGCCUGCUUUCCGUUAUGACUGUGUGGUACAAACCACAGGUGAUACUUGGCAUAUCCCCUAUAAAGACAUCUUUGAGGAAAAAUAUUCAUAUCAAGUGCCAAGAAAAUGGCUCUGCAUUCAAAGGAAAUGAUGAAGAUUGCACAAUCUGAAGCUGCUUUGUUUUGGUUUUUGUUUUGGUUUUUUUUUAAUCAAUGUUGCUGAACUAAGAGAACUCAGAGGUACAAUCAUGGGAUUAAUGUGUGAGACCUGUAACUAAAGAAAAUUCAGCAACUGUGUUUUAUCAAAAUCAUUCCUGCAGUAAAUCUGUUAACACCUAUGGUGGUCCACCAGGGAUGAAUUAGGUCCAUCGUUACAGGCAUUUUCUUUGGCCUCUCAAUGUGAUUUGAAUUAAAACUUGGUUUUCUCUCUUGGA